AUGUCGAGAUUUAUGCCACCUCGCGCUUCCUCUCCCGCACGACCAGGCAUUCUCAACCACGCAGACGUCUCGCUUUCGUCCACGCACUCGGUCCCAGAUCUGCUCGGCCUCACAGACGACGAGAUCGCUUUUCUGGAUCGUGUCGUUGAACGAGCCGGGCCCUCAGCGACCACCUUUCUCGCCGUAUUCAAAGCAUACAAUGACGUCUUGCACGAGCGGGGGCUCGAUCCGCAGAACGAGGUUGUGUACUACGGCAAGCUCCUAAAACUGGGUACACUCAAGGGCCAAAACUGGGCAGAAAAGUGGAAAACAGUGAAGGCACAGAAUAUGGCGAAUGGCGGACGCGCAUAUGCGCCCGCGCAACACCAGCCGAACCAGGCUGCUACGUCUUCCCGAACGCGAGCUCCUGUAGCUUCAUCUUCGUCAGUGCCGGGCCCCCGGCCUAUCGCGACGCGCCUGACUUCAGGCAUGCCGCAACGCCAUACACAGGACUCUGACACGUUCACCCUCCACUCGCACGACGACGGCACGGAAAACGGAGACGAUACGAUCACCCCUAUCCCCCGCCAACACUAUCGAGCGUCCACCGCCUCCGGCCUCACAUCCACAUCCAUCAUCUCUCCGACCAACGACAACUCCCUUGGCCUCCAUACCGGCCUCCCCUCCAGUUACAAUAUUCCCCGCCCAUACUCCAUCCCCGGAUUCAUCGCCCGCAGACUGGCGCAUUACGACUCGGAGGGCACCGAGGCCGCGGGUUCAUCAUCCACCACGCCGCCAUCUUAUGGGGCAGCCACGCGUUCGCCACAUACGCAUAUAUUCAGUGCGACGCCGGUGAUCGACGUGAAGGGCAAGACGCCCAUCACCAAGCUACACCAACGCGCUGUCGCGUUAGAGAACGCGCAGACGGGAAUCAUCGCCCCUACUCCUGCGCGACUCGCGGUGGAGAGGGCGAGAGAGCGGAAGGGAAGUGUGUUGAAUGAGGAUGACGCGUGGAAAAAGAUCCGGGAGGCGCAGGAUGAGGAGGAUGCCGUUCGAUGGUAUAACGAGAGAUUGCAAGAGCGAUGUUGGAACAUCUGGCGCCAGGGUUACGAGUGGAUUAUUACUACGCACGAACAAGUAGCGCAAGCGCGCGAAAACCUGAACCUGCGGCUCGCCCUCCACCGCUGGCGCGCGAAAACGGCGGCGCGGCUUGACCUCUACGAGCGGGUCACGCAGCUCGCGAACCGGCGUCUGCUGCGGCUCGCGAUGCGCGUAUGGGCUGACAAGCUGCACGCGCGGCAGCAGGCGGCAUGGCGGCAUGAGAUGCGCGCGAAAAUGAAGCGCGUUAAGGAGAGGCGCGAGGCGCAGGCGGUGAGGGAUGCGUGGGCGCGGUGGCGGCAAGCUUACCAUGCCCGCCUUGGCGAGGCGCGAUACAGAGAGCGUCUGCUCGCGCGGGCGAUGGGGAAGUGGAGGAAGAGGCUGGCAGAGUUGGACGAGCUAGAUGUGAAGGCGGAUCAGUUUAUGACGGAUCGUGCGGCGAGGCGGAGGGAGCGGUUGUGGGAGCGUUGGCGGGAUAUGGUGGAUCUCAGGGCGCGGGAGAAGCAUGUGGAGUCCAUCGCAGAUCGUCGGGUGCUCCGAGAUGCUCUGCAGAAAUGGAAGGAACGGAGUUGCGAAGUCCAGCGCGCGGAUGACUUCUAUGAUGUUGUUUGCCUCAGGGCCGCCAUGAGCCGCUGGAAAGCGGCUUGUGCGCGUAUUCAAGCUCAAGAGCGCAAGGCGGACAAGCACAUGGCUAGGCAGGACGACGUCCUCGUCCGCGCCGUCAUGCGCGUGUGGAAGGCGCACGAACGCGGCCGUCUGCUCGAACGGGUCAGGGCGGUGCGGUUGCUCAAACAUGUAUGGGCGGUUUGGAACAAGAAGAUGAAUGUCAUACGGGACAACGAAGACAUCGCAGCGGCGUAUGCCCUUCGCGGCGACUCGUCGCUUGCCGUGUCCUCUCUGAGGAAGUGGCGACAAGCCUUCGCGACACAUCAAAACGCGCAGGCAUUCGCUGUCCAGUACCACGAUGCGCAGCUCAGAUUCAAGUACUUACUGGAGUGGCGAGUCGCGCUGCGACAGAAGCUGAAGAUGAUGAAGCAGGCGCGCAAGGCGGAGAAGAUCAUCAUCCUGCGUAGGGCCAUGGAACGUUGGAAGGAAGCAUCGGAAAAUCGGAGAAGAGAAGCGAAAUUAACGCAGCUACAGGCGAAGAAGGCGAAGAGAAUAUUUGGUGUGUGGCGAGAGCGGACACGACGACAGAUCCACUUGCGACUUGCCGAGCAAGUGGUUCAGCAGCAAGUUGCUCUUCGUAUCGUAAGGGACGCCCUGAAACGCUGGCUGGAUCGAACCGUCGAGAUCAAAUCACGCGAGAUCGACGUAGUGGUCAGGAGGGAGCGGCUGAUCGUCGGAAACGCCUUCAUGAAGUGGAAAGCUGUAUGUCUGCGUCAUGUCGAAGAACUCAGCCUUCUCGAGAGCUAUCAGGACGUGAAGCGGGAAGAAAUGAUCCGCCGUAUGUUCCAUCGCUGGCUCCAGUCAGCCCGUGCCGCCAGGCACCGUCGUAUCACCUUGCAGCGGAAAGAGGAGGAGCUGCGAUGCGCGAUUAUCACGAUGGCAUGGGAACAGUGGCGCGGGCGCUUCAAAACCAUGCGUCUGCGUCCCCUGGAGCGUGAGUUUGCCUUGCAAACUCAGAAGCACGUCCUGUACCGCGCCUUUGGUAUAUGGCACUCCAAGACCACCUCUCUCCCUGCCGUGCGAUUCCAUGCAUCUCAUGUCAAAGCGAAGGCGUGGAAGAAAUGGCGCGACGCCAUGCCGGGCGUUUUGCAAGCGAAGGCAGCCCGAGACAUGCACAAACAAACCGUCCUGAAAAAAUCCUUCAACAAGUGGCUGGAGGUGUACCGUACGAAGGUCGCCCUGAAGGCUGUGGCUCGCGCACGUUUCCUCCGUUUACCUACAGCGGCUCCCCGUGUCACCCCUCGCGCAGCGGCGACUCGAUCCCCUCCUCAAGACGCCCGACCCGCACCCCGCAGGCGCUCGUUCCGAACGCCCACUCCCGAACCUGACCCGGCACCUGAAACGACGGAAUCGGAAUCGGAGCCCGUCGCCGCGAAAACGCCGCCGAUCCCGCGGCCUAGCUACCUCUCGCGUUCCCGCCGACGAGCCGGCACGUCCGCGUCUGCAUCCUCGCUAGCGCGACCUGCCAGUCCUGGCGCGCACUCGAGCAUCUCCGCCGCCAUCGCGCGCAACCCCAGCCCAACGCGCUUCGACCGGCCUCCCAGCUCGUCCGGUACUGGCGAGGGCCGGAGCAAGCUGUUGAUCGAGUUGAAGGAGCUGCAGAGGCGCAGCCGCACCCCCACCACCGUCGGUCGUCUCAGCCCGUUCUCGCCGCGACAAGACCCGCUAUGAGGUUCUCCGGAUCCCGGUCGCAUUUGCUGGUAUUUAUUACAAUAUUUAUCUCCUGCUUUCCCUACCGUUCGUGAUGUUGUACACUUCUCGCUUUGUC